CAUCAGAUUGAAUGUCAAAGUUGCUUCUAAAGUAAGAUAGGCCUACUUAAUUGUAAACGACAAUACGUUUGUGUGCUGAGAUAGUAGGAAUCUCCCUAUUAUUUAUUAAUUAAGAUCAAAUUAAAGCCUACACAAAGUUUAAAAAAAAAAAGGGCUGUUUGAAUUCAACGGGGUCAUAGGACAAAAAUCAAAGCCGGCAUGUUUCCUCUGGACUCGCCCUGGAAUAUCUCCUUCGCUGGCUGCGGAUUCCUCGGGAUCUACCACGUUGGUGUUGCCAGCUGUUUACAGGAACACGCGCCUUUCCUCGUCCAAAACGCACGGCACAUCUAUGGGGCAUCCGCAGGAGCUCUCACUGCCACAACCCUGGUCACUGGGGUGUGUCUUGGGGAGACUGGUGCAAGUAUCAUUGGUGUUGCAAAAGAAGCCAGAAAGCGAUUUCUGGGACCCAUGCAUCCUUCAUUUAACCUGGUGAAAAUUAUGCGUCACAUGUUGCGUCGAACACUGCCAGCAGAAGGACACCUGUGGGCGACUGGACGUCUGGGGAUCUCACUGACCCGAGUGACUGAUGGUGAAAAUGUCCUGGUGACGCAGUUCAACACAAAGGAGGAGCUGGUGCAGGCAGUAGUUUGUAGCGCUUACAUCCCUGUGUACAGCGGUCUGAUUCCCCCGUCACUGCGAGGAGUGCGAUAUGUUGAUGGGGGCAUCUCUGACAACCUGCCGCAGUAUGAUCUGAAAAAUACUAUAACCGUCUCACCUUUUUGUGGAGAAAGUGACAUCUGCCCACGAGACAGUUCAGCCAACAUUCACGAGCUCCGAUUCACAAACACCAGUAUUCAGUUCACCCUAGGAAACCUGUACCGGGUCUCAAAAGCACUUUUCCCUCCAGAUCCAAAGGUAAUGAAAGCCAUGUGUAAACAGGGGUAUAAAGAUGCACUGCACUUUUUAAAGAGAAAUGGCCUGCUUAAUCUAAAUCAUCUUAACCGAGACUCACUGAUAAUGGGUUACAAUGAAGAAGAAGAUCGUGAAGAUGCUGUGACAGAGAGGUUAGAAGAGGACAACACUUCAGAGAUAGAGGACCAUAUUCUUGAAAAUCUCCCACCUAUUCUGCACAAAGCUCUGAUGGAGGCAUGCACUGAGCACAGGAGUUUGGUACAAUCCAUCAGAAACCUGCUCCCAGUCAGAAUGGCCUCUGCGCUGAUGCUCCCUUAUACUCUCCCAUUGGAGUCUGCCCUAUCUAUAAGUCUCAGACUGCUGGAGUGGCUUCCAGAUGUGCAUGAAGAUGUGAGCUGGAUGCAGGAGCAGAUAUUGAUGAUAAUACAGCACAUUCUGCGUCAGGCCUCACAGAGCUUUUCUCAGCGUGUUUCUGCCCGGUUUUCCUGUGAACUGCGGCUGUACCACCACCAGUCUUCAGUUCAGAUGGUCUCCUCCGGCCUGCUGCCCACCUGGGUAAAUGACGGAAGCUCUUCAGUGCUCGAUGUCUUCAUGCGACUGGACCACUACAAGCGGCAGUUGCUGUCCGGAGUGCUGAGGAUCAACAUGGACCUGCAAGGCUCUUUCAAAACUGGUCUCUUCCAACACAGGACAGUGUCGUGCCCUGCACUGUUCUCAGAGGGUUUUACUGCCCAGAAGACAGACAACCUGCUCUCAAGAUAUUGACAAAAACUUAAUAUGUGUUGCUCAAAAAGAGACCAUGAUGAUAGUACUUAAAAUAUGAGUGUGUAAUAUAAAAACAUACAUAUUUAGAAUCAGAAUUGUGUUUUAGUGAUAGAGAGUUGUUUUUAACAGGUCACAUAUACUUAGAGCCAUGCAAAGACUUGAAUUACAUGUUGAAGCACACAAAAAUGCACACUUGCAAUGACACAGUUAAAAUAGCUGACUGUUUCUGUUUUUUGGGGAAUGUAGACACACCAGUAUUUAACAACUGACUCUGCUGCAAAAGAAAAGCACUGCAGUUUUCAUUGUUUUCACUGUUUAUGUACAGUAUGCUAUUAUAAUUCACUUAUUACCCAGAUAGUCUACUCUACAUGUUUUAAUUUGUGUGCCUGCUUGAGUAGUAGGCUUAUUAAAAUGCUCAAAUCUUGAGUGCAAACUUAUUGAGUUAAAAAAAAAAAAAAAAUCCAAUAAAAUUGGUUUUGUUAGUCUGCAAUUGCUCAAGUUUGUUUACUUUGAAUACAUUUUGCCAUCAUGUUUGCAAAUUGCAAC